GAGCGGUACGGUAGAUCUUGCAAAACAUGCCGCAACAUAGGCAGGGGAUAUAAGGGACAUGAACAAGCAGUUAAAGUAUCCUCAUCAGCUGUUCAUACUGACACUUGCUCGAAUCAAACCUCCGGAGGGUUCACAUCUUAUUCCUCGGAUUUCGCAACUGAAUCUGUUAUACAAACAUGUCCAAGCCGAAUCUCAAGGAUGCAGACGGAAGUGAUAUUUUCGAUGGACUUUGGUACAAAAUCAUGCUUUCAGAUGGCACCGAGCUUGGUUUUGGCCCACUGGUCAACAGUAGGUUGUCAUGUGGGCCGAAACCUCCUGGUCAGGGCAUGAUCUUCCGCUACUUCCGUUACAAAGGCAACGACACAGUUUCUGGCUACGGGUGGCCCUCUGGAGAUAUCGGUUACUUCAAGGGUCUUGGUAUGGGUACCGAUGGCAAAGAGUACCGACAGUAUCUGAGUCUGUCGAACGGUGUGCCGCCAGUUCUAGCUUGGUACGACAAGGAUGAUUCGUACGGAUUCACGGGGACUCAGAUACCGGGGAACCGGAUUGCCCUGUAUGCUAAGGAUCAGACUGGGGCAACUGUCGGGUUGAGAGGGGAGACGGAGAGCGUAAGCAAGGAGGCAGUCGCAUUCUACGGGCAGCGCAGCCAGUUCCCUAUCUGCCUUGAUUGCAGCUUCGUUCCCAUUCCCGUGGGAAAUACGGAUGUUGGUCCUUUCUUUUGAUAUGUCGUCGGAGAUUGAUCGCAAUCGUCUUGAAAUUUGUGUGCUAGUAAUAUUUUGGAAUGUACUAUCCGAUUGAGAAGGAGCUGUAAAGUGUGUUCGAAUGGUUAUCGCGAGACUGCGGCCGCACUAGAGGUAG